AUGUUCCUCAAAAAGCCAGAUUUAACUGCUGGCUGCCGCCCAACCCUCUCCCAAGAUGAGACACUGCUCGUGGUUCAAGACGGGGUGGGCCUUUACGAAGGGAAAUACAAGAUCGCCUCCUGCCAAAAAGGUCAUGCCUACUUGACCUCUCACCGAGCUUGUUAUGUUGAUGAUGCCGAUCCACGAGCCAACUCGUGGGCCAUUGACCUCAAAGACGUCGAGCGUCAUGAACAUCAGCCAGGCUUCCUGAAAUCAUCGGCCAAAAUAACAUUGUACCCUAAGCCGAUCAAGCGUGGCUUCGGCUCUGUCAGCAAGUCAGCUGUUCCUCAGUCUCCAGCAUUUCAAAGGGUGACCUCCGCGUCCUCUCCUUCUUCUCGCUCGAGCAGCCCGUUCCGACCGUCGGCAGUCUCACCAGCAGAUCUGCCUGUAGUCAUUGGGACUUGGGUUUGUCCCAUCUGCUCUUUUUCCAAUCCCGUGCCGUCUAAUUUCGACCCUACAAUUGCCACGGAGGCCUUCCCACUGCCGCCCUGCCUUGCUUGUGGUAUCAAGCCCCCUUUUGCUACUGUCCUCAAGGCGGCCAUUGCUGCAAAUGCUAAGCACUUACCGGAGAGCUUGCCCUCAUCCGGGGCGGGAUCAGUGCCAGACUCCGCAACUGGGCUACACCAGUCCUACGACGAUAGCAAUACCUCGGAUACCAUCCCUUGUCCUCGUUGUACAUUUCACAAUUAUCCAGGGAUGCGUAUCUGUGAAAUGUGUUCUGCGCCACUUCCCACGCCGAACCUUCUCCAGAGAGUGGAAUUUGAGGACUCACUCGCACGAGCUGGAUCUCCAGGACCCGAAAUAUCCGGCCUCACUUUGGAGGAAGGGGGGGAUCCUCCCAGCGUGAAGUUCUCUUUCCGGAAUGGCGGCGAUAGAAUCUUCUAUGACCGGUUAAAGAAUGCAAUGAUACAGCGGAAGUGGCUGCUACAAAACGCCCCGCCCAUCCCGCGAGGAGGUGUUGACCAUCCGCCAACCCCCCUUGAUAUGGCAAACAUUACACCAGCGUCUGUAUCACGACCGGUGUCUGUCGGGAUUGCUGGGCUGGAACAACGUGGCCUGCAAACUCGGAAGAUCAACGAGACAGUUUUAGGGAAUGCAUUCGCAGACCUGGAGGCCUUGAUGGCUUCGGCAAAAGACGUUGUCGCGCUCGCUGAGAGGUUCGCAGUAGAAUCGAAUUCAGGCUUAGGCUUCUCGGGCCCCUCUUCUGAUGUUGUGCUUUCUCAAUCAGCGGCUGCACUAGGGAUGGUUACAACAAAAGAUGUGCUCGGAGACAGUUCAACUUCGCUCUACAUCUCUGAGCUUGCACGAAAUCUGGCUGAAUAUGCUACAGACGAUCGACGAGGAAUCCUCCGACGCCAAGGGGGCACCAUGAGCCUCGUUGACCUAUGGGCGAUGUUCAACAGGAGUCAAAAUGGGGUCGAAUUGGUUAGCCCUACAGAUUUUCGCAAAGCCGCCGAAACAUGGGAAAAGCUUGGGCUUCCGGUCAAGCUGCGAAGGUUCAAGAGUGGUCUCCUAGUCGUGCAACGACGCGACGCAAGUGACGAGAAGACAGUAAGCCAGAUCAAAGUGUGGCUGAACUCCUUGAGGGUGGCUGAGGUUGACGAAACGCCAACUUGGGAAUGGGCUACCUAUGGCUUUGGAGUUACGGCGCAACAGGCAGCCGCACGAUUUGGUUGGAGCCUUGGGGUCGCCACCGAGGAGCUCGAGAUGGCGGAGGAGAGAGGGGCGCUGUGUCGAGAGGAGGGAGUUGAAGGGCUCAAGUUCUGGUUAAACUUCUUGCUUGAGGAUGAAUAG